AUGGAUAAAUUGAUCCCAAAGAUAAUCAAAGAUGACAUAGAUUUAUACAAAGUACUAGAUUUAUCAAUCAAUUCAUCCACUGAGCGAUUAUUCAUCACCUCACAAGAAAUUCGUGAUGCAUACAAGAAGCAAGCAUUAAUACAUCAUCCAGAUAAACAACAAAAUCAAAACUCUGACAAUAAAUUUGAAUUGAUUUUAACAAGUUUUCAAAUCUUAUCAACUCCAGAAUUAAAACAACAAUAUGAUUCUUUAAUUGAUUUAAAGAAUCAAAAACUUGCAAAUUCAUCAAAAUUGAAUGAAUUGAUUCUUAAAUUUCAAAAUGAUUUAUUAUCAAAUGAAUCAAAAAAUUUAAAUGAAAGACAAAAUAGAUCAAAAUUUCAAAAUUUAGAUCAAUUAAGAGAAGAUGGAUUGAAAAGGAGGCGAAUACAUGAAACUUCAAAAUUGGCUCAUACAACUCAUGAUACAGUUACUACAACAGUACAUAAUUUACCAUUAUCGGAUUUCGUUGAUUUCAAAAAUUACAAAAUUCAAACUCCUGAUUCAUUCUCAGCAAGACUUAAGUAUAAGUUUAAACCAAAUUUAAACGUCUCUGAAGAUAUUUUGAUUGAAAUUAUGUCAUUAUUUGGUCCGAUUAAGAGCUUGGUCAUAAAUGAUCACGAUGAUAGAUAUUCGUAUGCUACUAUUGAGUAUUUGGAUGAGAAGAGUUUGAACAAUGCGAUAUCUUAUGAUUACUCAUCUGCUUCAAAAUGGGACGGCACUAGAGUUAGAAAGUUAGCAAGUCUAUUGCGUUCUUGUGAAAAAAUAGUCCACCAACAAGACCCACUACCGAGUGGAGAUAAAUCAAUCAAAUGGACAAAUAACGAUUACGUGAAUGAGAUUUUGAAUACUUAUUAUGUCAAUUCCGUAUCUGACAAAAAGAUUUGA